UAACCCCUACCUCGACCUUGAUUAUUCUGGAUAUCACAAAAACCUCAUCCAAUAAUUGUUUAUUCUCCAUUUGUUCAUCUUACUGCUGCCAACCGGGCCUCCCUUCCGAAAACAUCUUCGUUAUCUUCGUUCCAGUGAACUCCUUUUCCAAUGCAGCCUCGUCCCCAGGGUCUUCUCCGAAAUGGCGCACGGGAGAAUAGAAGAAGGCCCUGGGGACGAGGUUGCCUGAGCCUGCAGUGCCAACGAUUGAACAAAGCUAAACAUUUCUUUUGCUUUUGUCCCCCGAAUUUUCGUUUCCACUGGCGGGAUAACAGCGAUUAAAUCAAGCGUCAUGUCAGACAAGGAAGCUUGGAGUCACGAAGUACACGGGAAAAUAAACGAUCUACUGGCGUCCUUUGAAAAACGGGAGAAUGAACUGUCGAAAUGGAGCGAGCAACUGGAAAGGGAUCGAACAGCAUUUGAACAAGAGAUGAAGACUAGACGAGAAGACCACGAAAUGGCAAUCCAAGAACAGUACAAAGACCUUGAUGAGACCAGACUACGUAUAGAGAAGGAAAAGAAACGAAUGCAAGACGUUUACGAGUUUCAAUCGUCACCCGUUCAUCUCAACAUAGGAGGACAUCGUUUCACGACCUCUCUUCAGACACUAAGGCGAGAUAAGGACUCCAUGCUUGCCACCAUGUUUUCUGGCAGACACAAACUUGUGCAGGAAUCGGAUGGGAGUUAUUUCGUGGACCGGGAUGGCACCCAUUUCCGGCACAUUUUGAACUACCUCCGUGACGGUUUUCGGGCCGAUAUGCUCCCCCAAGAUGAAGUGUCGCUGAGAGAAAUAGUGAACGAAGCUCAGUACUACCAACUCAGUGACUUGGUAGCUGGUGUUGAAAAUGUCUUGGAUCCUCCCCCUCCGGCACCUGACUUCACCCAGAAUGAAAUCAAUGACAUGCUAGCGACACUGACUCGACAGACAACCACAAACAGCACACCUUCAGGUCCAGAUCUUGGCAAUAGAAGCUGCAGAAUGAAAAAUGCAGACUUUGUUUUCCACAACAUGACUAAAGGAAAUCUUGAUUUCAGUGGGAAGAACCUCUCUGGUCUUUCAUUUGCCCAUACUACUUUUGCACAUAAUGUCUCUUUUGUGGACUGCUGUUUGGUAAACACUUGUUUCUAUGGUUGUGAGUUUGCCAGCCAUGUGGUGGUAGAUUUCACAGAUGCAGACAUCUCUGGUGCAGAUUUCAGACAGUGUCGCUGUGUGCAGAGUGGUCCAAAUGCUUUUAAUGGUCUGGGUGGUGUUCCAGUCGGCAGUGGUGGGUUUAUGUUUGGGUCCAGUUGCUCCAGUUUUGCGCAGCUGAUAAAGACUGGGCAUGUAAAAUUCACUGGCGCGCGGCACAUUGGUACAAAGUUUGAACCAAACAUCAUUGAUAUGAUCCAUUUCUAAUAUAUUAAAGAUCAGUACCCUUUCAUCAGCAACUUAAAUAAACAACAAUUAAAUAUGCAUUAGAGCAGUUUUCAAUUGAGUGUCUUAAAACCAAUCACUCACCAAUUAGACUACCCAGCCAAUCUGAAACAGUAGGUAAAAGUUAAGUCUGCAUACAACCCAAAACCAAAACCAAAGUAAUUGCCCAAUUACUUUCGACACUCAACUGAAAAUUGCUCUAAAGAUGAAAACUUAAUGGCACUUGAAAAGACUUUAAAUUAUUUAGUAUAGGUGUACCCUAGAAUAUAUUUACUGUUUCACAGAAGUAUUUAUGUACAGGGUUAGUAUGGGUCCUGGAAAACCUGGAAAGUCCUGGAAUUUUGUUGUAGCAUUUUCCAGGACUGCAAAGUCCUGGA